AUGGCCGACACCGGAGAAGACGGGACGCAGGGUGGAGCAUAUUUCCACAAAGAAAAAAAUAAUUACAGCCCCGAAGGCGAGGCCGAGCUGGAGAGUCAGCAUUUCUGGAGAAUAAUCGACGCUUUUAAAUUUUACAGGGCCCAUGUCCAGGAGCGGGUCAAGCGUGCUGAGCGUCAGUUUCUGAGCCUACCACAGCACCACCAGAAUUUGCUGCCAUGUGUUUUGUCCAACCUGGCCCGCAUCAACCGGUGUGUGGACCACAACCAGGAGGUGAUGCAGGACAUCGUUCACAACAGCCUCGACAUGUUCGAGAACAUUGGAUAUGGCGAGAGGGAGGAUCCGAGGAAGAUUCGUCCAUCUACUACUUUUGACAUGGACAAGCUUAAGUCCACCAUAAAGCAGUUUGUCAGAGACUGGAGUGAUGAAGGCCAGGCUGAGAGAGACUCCUGCUACCGACCCAUCAUCCAAGAGAUACAAAGACUCUUCCCAUGUGACCAAUAUGAUGUGUCUAAGGUGAGCGUUCUGAUUCCGGGAGCUGGGCUCGGCCGUCUUGCCUGGGAGAUUGCUAGCCUGGGUUAUAUAUGCCAGGGCAACGAAUGGAGCCUCUUCAUGCUCUUCUCCUCAAACUUUGUUCUCAAUAGGUGUGAGCAGGUGAACACUCUGACCCUGUACCCUUGGAUCCACCAGUUCAGCAACAACAAGAAAUCCUCAGACCAAACACGACCAAUCAGAUUCCCUGAUGUCAACCCUCAGAGUUUACCACUAACUGCAGAGUUCUCCAUGGUAGCUGGGGACUUUGUGGAGGUCUACACUGACACAGAUUCCUGGGACUGUGUGGCUACCUGUUUCUUUAUUGACACAGCUCAUAAUGUCAUUGAGUAUGUUGAGACCAUCUGGAAGAUUCUGAAGCCUGGUGGAGUCUGGAUCAACCUGGGUCCACUGCUGUAUCACUUUGAGAACAUGGCCGACGAGCUCUCAGUUGAACUUAGCUAUGAAGACAUUAGGACAGCCAUGGUUAAAUUUGGCUUCCACAUUGAGGUGGAGAAAGAGUCAAUGCAGACCACCUACACAGAAAACGACCGCUCUAUGUUGAGAUACGUUUACGACUGUGUCUUCUUUGUGGCACGAAAACCUGCAGACGUGUAUUUUGACUGUGAAGAGGACGACGAACAGUCAAUUUCCCCACCGGCGGCUAAGUCACCUCGGCGAGAGGGAACCGACAGCCUGACGUGACAA